GGACCCUGUGCGGAGAGGGCGGAGCUAGGACGCCGGGGCCGAGCCGCGUCCGCCUUUCCUGCUCCGGACUACGUUUCCCGGUGGCCCCUGCGGGAGCCGGGCCGGCGGCCCCUUUGUGUUCUCCUGAGGCCCAGGCAGCUGAAGUGCUUCUUUCCCUGCCAGCCCGGGGCUGGGUUCCAUCCAACUCUUCGGGCCUGGGGCGAGGCCCGAGUGGAGCGCCCCUAAGCCCUCGAGGCGGGAACAGGAUCUUCCCGUAGUCAUCUGAGGACACUGCCAUUUCCCAAGAGAAGAACCAAGAGGAAGACAGAAUGGCUGUUGCACUUCUUAAAGCCAUGUGCCAGGAAUUGGUGACCUUCAGAGAUGUGGCUGUAGACUUCUCCCAAGAGGAGUGGGAUUGUCUGGAUUCUUCUCAAAGGCAUUUGUACAGUAAUGUGAUGUUGGAGAACUACAGGAUCUUGGUAUCACUGGGACUUUGCUUUUCCAAGCCAAGUGUGAUAUUAUUGUUGGAACAGGGAAAAGAGCCCUGGAUGGUGAAGAGAAAGCUGACAAAAGGCUUGUGCUCAGGCUGGGGAUCUAUGUGUGAGACUGAAGAAUUAAUUCCCAAGCAGAGUCUUUACGAAGAACAAUCAUCUCAGAAGAUAAUAGAAAAACUUACAAGCUAUGGCCUUGAGUACUGCAGUUUGACAGAAGAGUGGAAAUGUGAGGGCCAUUUUGAGAGGCAAUUUAAUCAGAAGACACAUUUCAAGGAAGAGACAAUCACCUUUGAAGAAGAAAGAGAACAAGAAUUUAACAAACCGUGGGGAAGUUUCCAUCAGAACGUGCUGCUUCAUACACAACAAAUAAUCCCCAAAGAGGAGAAAGUAUAUAAACAUGACACACAUAAAAAAAUCUAUAAAAAAAGUGUAAUGACUAUUAAGCCCAAGAGUAUCUAUACAGACAAGAAAAUUUUGAAAUGUACUGACUGUUCAAAAGUCUUCAGCCAGAGUUCAUCCCUUACUCUUCAUCAAAGAAUUCAUACUGGAGAAAAACCCUAUAAAUGUGUAGAAUGUGGGAAAGCCUUCAGCCAGAGAUCAAAUCUUGUUCAACAUAAAAGAAUUCAUACUGGGGAGAAACCCUAUGAAUGUAAGGAAUGUAGGAAAGCCUUCAGUCAGAAUGCACAUCUUGUUCAACAUCUGAGAGUUCAUACUGGAGAAAAACCUUAUGAAUGUAAGGUAUGUAGGAAAGCCUUCAGCCAGUUUGCCUACCUUGCUCAACAUCAGAGAGUUCAUACUGGAGAGAAACCCUAUGAAUGUAUUGAAUGUGGGAAAGCAUUUAGCAAUAGAUCAUCCAUUGCUCAACACCAGAGAGUUCAUACUGGAGAGAAGCCUUACGAAUGUAAUGUCUGUGGGAAAGCAUUUAGCCUUCGUGCAUACCUCACUGUACAUCAGAGAAUACAUACUGGAGAGAGACCCUAUGAAUGUAAGGAAUGUGGGAAAUCCUUCAGCCAGAAUUCACACCUUGCUCAACAUCAGAGAAUUCAUACUGGAGAAAAACCUUAUAAAUGUCAGGAAUGUAGGAAAGCAUUUAGCCAGAUUGCCUACCUUGCUCAACAUCAAAGAGUUCAUACUGGAGAGAAACCCUAUGAAUGCAUUAAAUGUGGGAAGGCUUUUAGCAAUGACUCAUCCCUUACUCAACAUCAGAGAGUUCAUACAGGAGAGAAACCUUAUGAAUGUAAUGUUUGUGGAAAAGCUUUCAGUUACUGUGGCUCCCUUGCCCAACAUCAGAGAAUACAUACUGGAGAGAGACCCUAUGAGUGUAAGGAAUGCAAGAAAACCUUCAGACAGCAUGCCCACCUUGCUCAUCAUCAGAGAAUUCACAUUGGAGAGUCACUCUCACCACCCAACCCAAUCAAUCACCAAGUACUGUAGAUCCUAUCUCCUAGAUGUUCCUGGAAUUAAACUCUUCUCUAUUUUUAAUGUUGUUACCCUAGUCUAAGAUUCAUUUCACCUAGAUUACUGCUGUAGCUUUGUAACAGGCCUUUCUAUAUCCAUUUUUGCUAUCAUUAAAUUAAUUUCCUGUAGUACACCCAAACUGAUCUUUUUAAAGUAUAAAAAUACACACAUCACUGUCUCUAGUUAUUUGCUUGCUAUUGUUCUUAGACUAACAUCCACAACCUUUAAAAUUGUCUGUGAAGCUCUCCAUUAUAUGAUUUUUACAUACCAUUCAGCCUUAUUUUAUUCCAGUCUUCUCUGGGUGCUAGGUAUUUCUGAGGACCAAGAGCUUAUAUUCUGGAAAAUCAUAACUCUACCACUACUAUGACAUUGUGUGACUUUGAGCAACUUGAUUAGCUUAUCUAAACUUCAGGGUUUUCUUAAGUUCUUAGUAAUAAAGGACACUGUAUUAUAGAAAUGUGAGUAUUAAAUGAAAUAAGGUCUGUUGUGGAUUGAUGCAUAUUGAAUGACAAAUUUGCAUGUAAAGUACCUCACAUAGCACAUCAAACAUAGCAGAUAUUCCAUAAAUAGUAUUAGCUAACAUGUAUUUGAGUGCUGAGCACCAGGCACUGUUCCACAUACUCAACAUAUAUUAACUCAUUUACUCCUCACAACUAAAGCAAGAUUCCUUAGUGGACAAAGUACAGCAUCCCUGGGAAGGACCAGAUCAAAAGGGGAAGAUCUAAAAAUUUUAGAACAUAAGUGGGAGUCUUUUUACUCUAGGUGAGUAAUUGAUAAUAGAACUAUAAUACUUGUAACGAGUUUUAGGAAGUUUCUAAAGAGAAUGAAGAGGAUAAACCAAUUAAAAUAAGAAAAUAGAAGUAACUGGGAAGAACGCAGAACUUACAUUUAGAUCAAGGAAAGAAUAGAAAUGAUCACAAUUAACUCUAAAAAAAACCCCCAAGAAACACAGAAGUGCAUAUGGUCCCAUAAAAUGGCACCAGGCCCAGGUAACUGUGUGGAUGAAUCCAAGUAAUUUUGAAAGCAGGCAAAUUGUUUCAUACUAUAGAGAAAAAUGUAAAGUUUCCAAUUUUUUUAUCCCGUUUUUUCAAAUUGAAAUCAAACGGGUAUUGAGCAAGGAAAACUAUGGACAAAUAUAUACAUUAAUACAGGCUUUCAUUUCAUUCAGUGAAUAUUGAGUGCCAGACAAUGUUUUAGACACAAGGAGAUAAAAGUGAGCAGUACUAAGACCAUGUUCUCAUGGAGUUAAACUUUCAGAGGCUGAGACAGUAAAGUUACUAUACUUAAAUAUAAAACAUUAGAUUUUCUAAACAGAAAAUUGAAUAACAAAAUAAAUCGAGGAGUAUUAUGUAGCCUAGGCUGAAGAGAUGAAAGAUCAUAAAGUUGGCAAUUCUUCCUACUUCACAAACUCACUGUAAUUCCAACCAGAAUUCCUCAAUGGAUCUUUUUGCCCUUUAAUUUCACAGGUUUGUUCUGAAAUUCAUCUAUGAAGUGUAAGUUCUU